CCUGGACCAUCUGGGUCACCUGGACCUUCUCUGAAUAUCUCCAAGGAAGAUCUGAAGAUAUAUUUUUCCCACAAGCUGAAUUACAGCCUAGUGUGGGCACUUAUGGACAACCUGGGGCAGGAGCUGAAGCGCCUGAUCGAACCCCCUGAUGGCACCAAAGAUCGCCCGGCCACUACCUGCAAAGAGCUUUCUGUGGUUCGGUCCCACCUAUCAGAUGGGUGGUAUUACGUCGAUCCCAAUCAGGGCAGCCCCCAAGACUCCUUGAUGGCCUUUUGUAACUUUACGGCAGGAGGAGAGACCUGUAUUUCUCCUGUGCAGAAUCAGGUCCCUCUCAAGGCUUGGUUGAGAUCAUACGCAUCAGAAAGCACUUUUGAGUGGUUGAGUUCCCUUCCUGAUGGCUUCCCGCUCGAGUACCAGGGACUGAACACCGUCCAGCUCCGUUUUUUGAAACUUCACAGCAGCCUGGCCACCCAGAAAGUUUCAUAUUCCUGCAGGCCCCACUCAGAUGGAAGCAAACAGCACCUGGAAAAGGAAAUCAAGUUCCUUGCAGAUUCCCGGGACCAGAGCUAUAUGACUACUCUUCAGGGAUGUGUGCUGGAUAAUGAAUCUUCAGUCAUGGACACCAUCUUCUUCUUCUCCACGAGGGACCUCUCCCUGAUGCCUUUGCGUGAUCUGGCAGUAUUCCACAACGGCGAUGUCUCCCAUCAGUUUGGAUUUACCAUUGGGCCUGUUUGCUUUAGCUGAACACACCUUUGAAUGAGCUGCUGUUCCUCCUAGAAAGGAAAGGACAUGCCCAAGAAAGAAGGAAGGAAGAUGUGGGGGCCCUCCACUGAUUCAGCUGGUUUUUAAAAGCUGCUGCACUGCACUGUACAAAUCCCCACACUUCCUUCUGAAGGAUGGAGAAUAUUAUG